AUGUCAGCACCAGCAUCGCUUCACGCUUCAUCAAUAUUUGCCGUCCGCGAGACGGCAGAAUCUGGACGAGGAGUCUACGCGACACAAUUCAUUUCAAAAGGCACACUUCUCUUCGAGACAGCAGAGAUCGCGGCUAGUGUCAUCUAUCGCGAGUACUGGAAAGAAGUUUGCGCACAAUGCUUCCUCUACGACAGAGGUCGGAAUUGGCGCAUUCGGGAUGCAAAAGCUGGACUUGCGUUCUGCAGCGAGGAGUGUCAAACGAUAUGGAAGACGGACGCAGUGAACGAUGAAGCUGCAGCAGUCGCCAUUGAAGGACUUGGAAAGACAGGACAAUCAAACACGUCAGACCCGGAUGAAGACCCAGAACACCUCCUACCUCGACCGACGAUACAAGAGAUAGACACAGUAUGGGCAGCGGCAGAAGAGAUUGCGACAAAGAUCCGUGCUGCACGAGUAUCGGCCCAACCCUCAAAACCCGAGCGACGUCUUUUGACACAGAUUCUCGCGACACCACCGAUACGUGGCGUAAUAGCCUAUCAACUACCAGCUCUUCUCACAGUCGCACAUUCGCCGUCUCUGUGGUCCGAUGUGCUGAUCCUCGAAUCGGAAGCCAUGCCGUACAUCUCGCCAGCAGACCUCAAAUUUCAAACUACCAGUUAUCACCAUCUCUUAGCUUGCGCACCUCUUUCUCUCCUCGACCACAUCAUCGCAUCCAACCUCCGCAUACUGGCAGCAAAAUCAUCACACAACGUCUUCAACAUUUGGUCGCAGGACUUGGACGAGGACACAAGUGGUGGUAGCGAGUGUUUAGGCUAUGGGCUUUGGACGGCAGCGAGUUACUGGAACCACAGUUGUGGACCAAACAUACGGAAACGACGUGAGGGUCGAAUGUGGAAGUUUUGGGCGGAAAGAGACGUCAAGGAAGGAGAGGCACUGUGCAUAAGUUAUCUGGGAGGCGACGAGAAACAUAUGACGAGGAGAGAGAGGAGGGAAAAGCUCAAGGAGCAUUGGAAGUUUGACUGUGCUUGCACAAGGUGUCAAGAGGAGAGCAAUUGA